CAAGAGGAGGCAAAGUGUGUGAAGGAAAGCCUCACAGGGGUGAGGAGAAAGCUGUCCAAAGCCAGCUGGUCUGGCUUUGAGAGAUUCAACAGGAAAUAUUGGAGGAAAAGAAAGACAGAAAGACAAAGUAAGAAUAAAGCAUUAGGGUUAAAGAAAGUUUGUGAAAGGAAGAGAUUUUUACAGCUGAAGUGAAGAGAGAUACAUGCAGAGAAGGCCUUUACAGCAGGUUCUGUGAAGGCAGCAGUAGCGAAGUGGAUUCAGGAAAAUUUCUUUCCUUAGGAGGAGGAACCAGCAGGAAGCAAAGUAUCGUGACAGGAAGCAAGUGUGUACAAGUGCAGCGUUCGAUCGGCCUGGAUUUCAGGCCUGAGCAGAGAUUUUCCGCACUUUGAUCAUUGGAUAGCGGUGCCGACGCGUCGAGAGAAAGACUGAAAAAAGGAAGAUAGAAGGAGAGGAAGACGAGCAACGAGAGAGGUGGUGUACGAUGUGUUAGUGGAGCGCAGGAAGACAAUCACCAGUGUUUUUUUCCCCGAUUUUCUCUGGCUGCCAGAGAGACCUACCAGGACACGAAGAUGGGACGGAAGAAGAUCCAGAUCACACGGAUUAUGGACGAGAGAAAUCGUCAGGUCACCUUCACAAAGAGGAAGUUUGGCUUGAUGAAGAAGGCCUACGAACUGAGUGUCCUGUGUGACUGCGAGAUCGCUCUCAUCAUCUUCAACAGCUCCAACAAACUCUUUCAGUAUGCCAGCACAGACAUGGACAAAGUUCUGCUGAAAUACACAGAGUACAACGAGCCCCAUGAGAGCAGGACGAACUCAGACAUCGUCGAGAAAUUAAGAACCAAAGGCCAUAAUGACUGUGCCAGUCCUGAUGCUGAUGACUGUUUUGGGCACAGUCCCCUCAUGGACGAGCGUUUGGGCAAACUAAAUGAAGCACUAAACAAGAAAGAGCACAGAGGCUGUGAUAGCCCGGACCCCGAUGCCUCAUAUGUCCUCACCCCCCACACAGAAGAAAAAUAUAAAAAAAUUAAUGAGGAGUUUGAUAAUAUGAUGCGAAAUCAUAAAAUCCCCACAGGUUUGCCACAGCAGAAUUUCUCCAUGCACGUGGCGGUACCGGUGUCGACCCCCAACCACAUGUCCUACAACCCCGGACUUGCUCUGAGCAGCCACGGCCUGCCAGCUGCUGCCACACUAAGUGAUGCUGCCAUGCUGUCCCCUCCUCAGACCUCACUCCAAAGAAAUGUGGUGCCCACCAAUGCUCCUCACAGGCCGCCCAGCACAGGAAGCGCAGGAAAUGGCUUUGUGAACACCAGGGGCUCACCAGGGCUUCUGGGUACACCUAGUGGAAAUGGGCUGGGGAAAAUCAUGCCUACGAAAUCACCGCCGCCCCCAGGAGGAAGCAUGAGCAUGGGGAACCGAAAACCAGACUUGAGAGUGGUCAUACCUCCUUCCAGUAAGGGAAUGAUGCCACCUCUGUCGGAGGAGGAGGAGAUGGAGUUGAACACCCAGAGAAUAAGCAGCUCCCAAGGGAACCAGCUUCUUGCCACACCCGUGGUGUCUGUCACCACUCCAAGUCUACCACCACAAGGCCUCGUCUACUCCGGCAUGCCAACCGCCUACAACAGUGAAUAUUCCCUAAGCAGCGCAGAGCUCUCCUCACUGCAAGGUUUCGGUUCUCCGGGGCUCUCACUGGGCUCCAUGUCGGCAUGGCAACAGCAUCAACUGGGCCAGGCAGCUCUCAGCUCGCUGGUGGGCAGCGGUCACUUACCUCAGGGCUCCAACCUGUCUAUCAACACCAACCAGAACCUCAACAUCAAAUCAGAGCCCAUUUCACCACCACGUGAACGCAUCACCCCGUCUGGAUUCUCCCACCAACAGCAGCAGCAGCUGCCUCCGUCCUCCAGCCGCCCCGACAUGGGUCGCUCUCCCGUCGACAGCCUGAGCUCCUCAUGUUCUUCGUACGACGGCAGCGACCGCGAAGAUCAUCGAGCCGAAUUCCACUCCCCUAUCCUAGGCCUAAGCCGUGCGCUCGCACCCGGAGCUGACGACCGUCACAGCCCGUCCGUCAAACGCAUGCGCAUGGACUCCUGGGUCACAUAAAAUGCUCCAGGAGGGCCGAGCAGGCCACAGGGGGUGAAAGAUGUCGACAGGCCAGAG